AUGUGGACUCUGAAUGUAGCUAUCCUUGGCUUCUUGCACCUUGGUGUGGCCUUGGGCAACAAGCUAUGGACGACGAACCUUCGGCAGAUGGCCUUUGCCACUGGCUCCAGGCUCAGGCUGCCUCUGGGCAACCUGACGCUGCAGCUGAAGGCCGAAUCCUUCGUCAAUUCUAGCACCGAUGUUGGCGAGAUCGGUGGCAUCCGGCUGAUGACAGCUCGUGGGGUCUGCAUCAGCUGCACCACACCCUUGAGAUGCUCGUCACUCGAUGAGCCAGUGAAGGGGAUGAGCGUGGCGAAAGCUUGCAACCCGCAGCCCAAGCCGGGCGACAUGUUUAGCUGGAAAGUGGACCAAACAUCCGGCUAUGACAUUCGGGUGGACUUUCCGUUGGAGAAGCUCAAUGGCCAACUGGACUUCGUCGUGGAGAUCCUGUCUGCAUUGGACCUUUCAGGAGCCAACAACGAGCUGAAGAAAGGUCGGCAGGUGACGAAUUGGAUCACAACUUUGACUAUCGGAACAGAGGAUCAUGCAGCCUGGAUGAAGGUUGCGGUGAACAUGAACGGCGACUUCAAGAAGGUCGUAGUUGGACGGCAAGCUGCUGAGUUUUCGGCCUCGGCGAAGGACAUCUAUGCCGGCGAAUGCCUGAGGCCAAAAGACAUCAGUGGCUAUCAUGUGACAGAGCUCAGCAUGGCGCGGACGCAGCUCAACGUUUUGGCCCAGUGCGCUGCCAAAUACAAAGGUGCCGCAAAGGUGUCAGGCUGCCAGUCUCAUGGCGAUCCGUAUGCGCUGUCCGGCUGCGAACCGGAAGUGUGCGUUGCACCUAGCACCCUCACCGGCUAUGUGGUCAAAUCUGUGGACUUGAAGCGGCCCUCCUUCACAGCGAAUGUUCUGUGCGACAACGAUAACGGCUACCAUGGCACGGCUAUUGCGGAGGUGUGUUCUGCCAACGGUCACGAGUACACUCUCGGGGGCUGUGGCACUACAACCUCAACCAGCACAACAACAACGACCUCGACAACGACAUCAACCACAACCACAACCUUCACAACGACCACGACCAAGACAACGACCAGUACAACCACAACGACGACCACGACAACCUCGACUACAACCAUCACCACCACAACAACUAGUACUUCGACGACAACCACCACUACAACAUCGACCAUCACGACUACAUCGACAUUGACAUCAACUUCGACCACAACUACAACAACUACUAGCACGACUACCAGCACAAGUACGUCCACAACGACCACGACUACGUCGACUUCCACAAUCACGACGACCACUACGACCACAAGUACAAGUACCAGCACAACAACAACGACAACCUCGACAACUACCUCUACCACAACGGUGACCACUACCACUACCUCAACUACGACAGCCACUACAACCACGACGAGCACGAGCACCACCACCACAACAGUCACAUCGACCACUACCACGACAAUCACCUCCACUACCACCACAUCAACGACGACCACGACAUCAACCACAACAACAACUCUUACAACGACUUCGACCACGACAGAAACGACAACUUCCACGACCACCACGACUGUAACUACAACCACGACAUCCACGACGACAACGACAGUCACGCAAACCACAACGACGACCAGCACGACGACCCUAACAACAACGAGCACCACUACUAUCACCACUACAAGCACCACCACAACUACCAGCACCACCACAACAACCACCACGACCAGCACAAGCACAACGACUACAACAACGAGCACGACUACCACCACCAGCACAACAACAGUGACCAGUACAACAACUACAACCACGAGCACAACUACGUCCACAACGACCAUCACGAAAACAAGCACUACAACUACGACCACGUCAACAUCUACCACAACAGUGACCACGACGAGCACUACGACCACGUCAACCACCACAAGUACCACUACGACAACAACAAGCACUAGUACAAUUACCACUACAUCCACAAUUACUUCCACAAUCACGACCACCACUACCACUUCCACAACCACAUCAACAACUACCAAAACAACAACCACGACGACCACAACAAGCACAUCAACCACGACCACCACUACUUCGACAUCUACCACCACAACCACUACGUCUACAACGACAGCUACGACGACGACUACAAUCACCACUACCACGACAUCCACGAUCACGACGACCACCACAACCACCACGUCGACCACUACUACAACUACGAGCACGUCCACAUUCACCACUACUACAACCGUUACCACGACUUCCACUACGACGACCACAACUGUGCUGGUCUGUACAGCGCCGCCGGACACUACAGGCUAUCUCGUCACUGAGCAUCAGUUGCAACAGGAAGAGUUCAAGGUCACAGUUGCCUGUUCGGACGAGUACAUCGGGAUCGCCGCUGUGGUUGCAUGCACAAAAGCGGACACUGUCUACAAGCUGAGUGGCUGUGAGAAGAAAGUUUUCUGCCGAGCCUCAACAAAGCAAGGUUACGAUGUCGACGAGAGGAGUCUUGUUAUGCAGUCCUUCGAUGUGACAGCGAAGUGUGCAGCCGGCUUUACUGGGUCAGCCAAGGUCGAAGCAUGCUCCAAGACGGACGACACCUACACCCUCAGUGGCUGCCAGCCCUUCCGCCUCUGCCUGGCACCGGCAUCAAGCAACGGCUACACAAUCGAAGAGAGAAGCUUGCGAAUCAGCACUUUCGACGUGAAGGUCACGUGCGCGGCAGGCUACACGGGGACUGCCGCAGUACAAGCGUGUACUUCUGACGGGGACACCUACUCACUGUCCGGCUGUGAUUUGGAUCCCAUUUGUGUUGCUCCCGAGGGUCUCGAAGCAUACAGUGUGACCGAGUCCAACCUUCACAAAAGCUCCUUCGAUGUCAGUGCUGACUGUGCAAAGGGCUACGUCGGACAGGCAACGGUGACUGCUUGCACGAACGACGGAGAAAAGUAUGAGGUCACUGGAUGUAAGUUGGACCCGGUGUGCGCGGCUCCGGAGGAUGCAACAGGUUACAUGGUCACAGAGACCCAUCUCAGUCUUAGCAAGUUCGAUGUGCAAGUCGAGUGCGCCGUCGGGUUUGAGGGAAAAGCAUCAGCAGAGCCGUGCACGUCAGAUGGUGAUCGUUAUAUGCUCUCCGGUUGCGAAAAGACAGUGGUAUGCAUUGCUCCGUCGGACUCGACAGGCUAUGCUAUCUCGGAGAUUGAUCUUAAAGCGGAGAGCUUCGAUGUGAAAGCAGAAUGUGCUGCUGGUUAUUUGGGCACUGCGGCCGUAGCAGCAUGCUCUUCAGAUGCAGAAGAGUAUGUGCUGUCAGGCUGCGAGAGGGACAAGAUAUGCAGUGCGCCUGCGGACGCAGCAGGCUACGACGUAACAGAGACCGUCCUUUCAGAAAGCAAAUUUGAUGUGACAGCAGCCUGUGCUGCUGGAUAUUUGGGCACUGCAGUCGUUGAUGCAUGUUCUGAGGAUGGAGCAGCAUACAGCUUGUCGGGAUGUGAGAAAGACAAGAUGUGCACUGCGCCUGCGGAGGCGACAGGUUAUACAGUUACGGAGGCCCAUCUUGCAGGAAGCAAGUUUGACGUGACGGCAGAAUGUGCAGAUGGCUAUCUCGGAACCGCCGUUGUUACAGCCUGCACCGCGGAUGCAGAAGCGUACACACUGUCGGGAUGUGAGAGGGACAAUAUUUGCUCUGCUCCGGCUGAUACUACCGGUUAUGCCGUAACGGAAGUCGUUCUGCAGGCAAGCAAGUUUGAUGUGACCGUGCAAUGUGCCGCUGGUUAUUUGGGCACUGCAGUCGUUGAUGCAUGUUCUGAGGAUGGAGCAGCAUACAGCUUGUCGGGAUGUGAGAAAGACAAGAUGUGCACUGCGCCUGCGGAGGCGACAGGUUAUACAGUUACGGAGGCCCAUCUUGCAGGAAGCAAGUUUGACGUGACGGCAGAAUGUGCAGAUGGCUAUGUCGGAACCGCCGUUGUUACAGCCUGCACCACGGAUGCAGAAGCGUACACACUGUCGGGAUGUGAGAGGGACAAUAUUUGCUCUGCUCCGGCUGAUGCUGCCGGUUAUGCCGUAACGGAAGUCGUUCUGCAGGCAAGCAAGUUUGAUGUGACCGUGCAAUGUGCCGUCGGCUACGUGGGCACCGCCGCUGUGACGGCAUGCUCCUCGGACGGAGAAGCAUACACCUUGUCCGGCUGUGAGAAGGAAAAGACCUGCAGUGCUCCUGCAGAUGCGACAGGCUACGAUGUCACAGAAACUGUGCUUUCCCAAAGCAAAUUUGACGUGACGGCAGCCUGUGCCGCUGGUUAUGUGGGCACUGCAGUCGUUGAUGCAUGUUCUGAGGAUGGAGCAGCAUACAGCUUGUCGGGAUGUGAGAAAGACAAGAUGUGCACUGCUCCUGCGGACGCAACAGGCUACGACGUCACAGAAACCGUGCUUUCCGAAAGCAAAUUUGACGUGACAGUAGAAUGUGCAUCCGGCUAUGUCGGAACUGCCGCCGUGGCAGCAUGCUUUGCGGACGCAGAGCCAUACACGCUGUCCGGCUGCAAGAAGGAGAAGCUCUGCAUUGCUCCUGCAGAUGCUACAGGCUACACCGUCACCGAGAACACGCUUUCAGAGAGCAAGUUCGAUGUGACAGCAGAGUGUGCAGAUGGAUAUUUUGGCACAGCCGCGGUUGCAGCUUGCUCUUCAGAUGGAAGUCCAUACUCUCUGUCUGGCUGCGAGGAGGACAGGAUGUGCACUGCUCCUGCGGAGGCGACCGGUUAUACAGUUACGGAGGCCCAUCUUGCAGCGAGUAAGUUUGACGUGACGGCAGAAUGUGCCAAGGGGUAUGUGGGUGCAGCUGUGGUGACAGUUUGCUCUGCGAAUGCAGAUGCAUACACUUUAUCUGGCUGUGCGAAGCCUAUGUUAUGUGUCGCAGUUGAAGAUGCUACAGCCUACAAGAUCACAGAAACCUCCUUGUCAACGAGCAACUUCGACGUAAGUGCUGAGUGCGCUGAGGGCUAUGUGGGAACAGCGAGUGUAUCUCCCUGCUCCAAUGACGGAGAACCGUAUAUAGUAGACGGCUGUGCCAAGAAGCGCUAA